AUGCCUCUAACUUCAAAAGAGACACCCUCUGGGGCCAAGGACAUCAAAGCAGCCCACCUUGUGCCAAAGAGCCUUCAAGGAGAUGAGAUUGCUCACCUAUUUGGGGUGGGGGCCAUGGUAUCUUCUGAUCCGAGGAAUGCCCUGUUACUUCACUUCAAGGUCGAAGAAGCCCUUGAUAGCGGCAAGAUAGUCAUCGUGCCUAUCCUCGAAGACGAGGAUGUCACGACACCUUCGCGUUGA